AGGAAGCUUAAGAGAUUGGCUUACGGUCCCAGUAUCAAAUGAAAACCCGGAAUGCUAUGACAUCCCCAAGUCGGAAACAUCUUUGUCCCGACGUAUGAACACCACAAUAGCUCUAGGUACUCUUCGAAACGAACCAGGGGUUACUGAUCUUUGUUGGCGCUUAGACCAGAGAUCUGAGAAACACCAGUCACAUCGUGUUCAAUGACAGUUCUGGUACAAGAAGCUGCAAAGCCUCGACUCAGCCUCAAUCCAUGCAUCUGCCUGUGCCCUUGCCUGUGUCUGUUUGCGGUGCCUCGAAGGAAUGAGUAAAGCGCCAGUAUCUUAAUAAACAUGCCAUUCUUACUCGACGAUAUUAACCUGAUCUUUAGCUUAUUUCGUUGAUCCCGUCUCGUUCUCGAUUGGGUUGUUUGCUUUCGCGAAUCGCUGUGUAGAUCCUUGUGAACGGACCCUUCCGCCUCCUGUCAUCAAUAUACUGAUUACAACCCUGCAAACCUCUCUUCAGUACAGAUUACCAUUACAGUUAGCGAAAAUGGGCAUACGCGAUAUCCUCAAGAAAAAGGACGACCUCUCGACAGGCCAACCGCCUGAGAAAGGCACCAUCGAUCAUCUGGCAGCCCCCGAAUUUACCAUCAUCCGCUCAGACACCUCAACCCAAGAGCGCAUCUACCCGCCGUCCAUGAAGUCCGUCGACAAUCUACAUCUCGCAGUCCAAGAACCCAAAGAAAAAGACAAGCCCCGACGAUCCCUCGAUGUCUUCCGCUCCGGUCGAUCACGCUCUGCCUCAGAGUCGAGCCAGACAAAGAAAGAGAGCGGCGCCCGUCGUCUGUCUCAGCGACUGCACCUGAGCCGGGCACCUCCCUCGUCCGAGAACGUCCCCGAGAACCUGCCCGACAUUGUUACAUCAGAUGAGGCGCAGUGGGAGAAGCGCGCGACUAUGCUGGCGGGUCAGAAUAACCGCGCCAGGAGCAACAGCAGGCCAGGCACGCCCUCGGACAGCAGUAGAGGCGAAGAGCGUGCGGUUUCGUCGCAGCAGAUUGAUCAGGAUAUUCAAGAAGCCAUUCGCCUGCACGAAGAAGGGAAACUGGAGUUGUCGACGCGCAUAUUUGGGCGGCUGGCUGAUCCUCAAGGUGCCAACAACCCGCUCAGCCAAGUGUUGUACGGCCUUGCUUUAAGACACGGAUGGGGUUGCGCUCCAGAUCCAGAGGGUGCCGUCAAGUAUCUUUCAGCUGCAGCAUCCAAUUCUGCGUCGAUUGAGCAGAUGGCUCUCCAGGCGGGCAUGAAGAAGGGUGGAGCUGCAAAGGGAGAGCUUGUUCUCGCCAUUUUCGAGCUGGCGAACUGCUUCAGGCAUGGUUGGGGCAUCGAAAAGGAUGCCUACGCCGCCAAGCAGUAUUAUGAGACUGCGGCGAAUCUAGGAGAUACUGAUGCCAUGAACGAGAUUGCCUGGUGCUACGUCGAAGGCUUCGGGUGUAAGAAAGACAAGGUAUGUUACACCAGAAGCCAUCUACUCAUGACUGCCUGCCUGGUCGGUUCAAGAGCAACCUGUACCAUGAGUUGUAUCGAAGCCAUGGCUGCAGAGAUGUUCUCGGUGAGCCUAGGUCACUUGAUUCGUCGAGAUACUGGCUCCCAACUCACUGCCCAACUCAUUCUGUCAGAAUCUUCAAUCGACUCUAACCGUUUCUAUACGUUUAAUGAUGCUUGAUUCAUCGCAUGAGGCUGAUAUCCUGUACAGUUCGCGGCAGCUCGGUAUUAUCGACUGGCUGAGAAGGCCGGUAAUAAGACACUAGGGAACUCUUGGUAAGUCCACAGGCCAGAACCUCCGUCUGCACAUCGUCUUCCAGCGUUAUUGUGGCGGUCUGUAUUUCGAUAGGCUCCGUCGACUCCGCCUUGCUCGGGAGCCACAGGACCUGGUGCCACGGAGGGCGUUCUAUCGAUUGGUCUUGAUCCCCCAUCAUGCAUCAUACGAUUCGACGGACAACCGCUGAUUCAAACAUCGUGCAUUAGGAUCUGGAAGGAAAAGUACGACCCUCCGGGCGACGGCAACCGCAAGUAGCGCAACUGUAGCUAUGUGCCACUGUGACUGAGAGGUGUAUCUCCACGACAUAUAUGCCGUAUAAGUCAAUCAAGAGGAGAAGGAGGAGGAGGAGUUGAUGGGACAGUCGACCACAUAGUUUUGAUUCGCUCCUUGGGUGACCAGCCAAUUUUUAUCCCGUAUUGAUGCAACUGAUUUAGGGGUGUCUUGCUCACAUCAACAUAUAUGUAUACUUGCCAGAUGCGGUUGGGUGGAUAAGACUGUGGAGGUUUGUGUGUGCUUGUGUCUCGAUAUCUUACUAUUCUUAAGUAUAUAGAUAGAGUACAGGGUGUUUCCACCUUGUGUCUUGUUGUACAUAUCGCAACACAUUAUCUGAGUGGUUCUCUACAUAUCAUUAGGGUUAAGACCAUUGGUGUAGCAGCCGUAUAUCGUCCCAUCGUCACCAUCUCGCGAUGGAUGUUCCCCCUUCUCUCACU